AACCCUCUUUCUCUGCUUUUUCUCCAAAUUUGAAUUCGAUGGAAUUCAGAUACAGAGCCAUCGACAGUAAUCGGCCACCUCCUGCGACGGACACGACACCAUCUCAGUCGCCGAACCCGAACUUCCCUUUGUUGUCGACGCGAUCAAUGUCAGGAAAAAGUGAGGAUCAACAAGUUCGGGAAGCGAUGAUUCAGCGGGAAAUUGAGAAAGAGCAAAUCCGUCAAGAGAUCAUUAUUACAGAAGCAGCGAGAAAACGAGAGCUUAUAGCCGAGGUUUUACAAGAGAUGGCUAUCGAGAGAGAGAUGGCGAUUAGACGAGUCUCUGACACCGGAAUUUCGCUAGAGGAGAAGCUCAUUAUGUGGAUCAAUCAAAGGAAACGUCCAAAUCAGAAUCAGAAUCAGAACAACAACAACUUGUUCAGAACUAAGUAUAGUUACAUUGAUUCUCUGAUCAACACAGGAUCUUACAAUAGUCUAAUUACCUCACCAAUGAUGCAAUUGCCUCAACUCCAGCAAAUUCCUGAUGCUACCGGAACAUCAAUGUUGGAGUCUAACAAAGAGAAGUUGAUUGUAUUGAGUAGGGCUGAUCAUAUAGGAGCAAAGCCUAAAGCAGACAGUGUUGGUACCAUGCAAUUGCCUCAACUCCAGCAAAUGCCUGAGGCUACUACCGGAACAUCAGUUUUGGAGUCUAACAAAGAGAAGCUGAUUGUAUUGGCUAGAGCUGAUCCUGUAGGAGAAAAGCGUAAAGCAGAGGAUACUCAAACUGGUUUGAACGAAGAUCUUCAAGUGAAAAGGCAGAAAGCAAAAGAAUCAGAAGCAAAGACGAUGUCUUUGGAAAGCGGAGAGAUAGUGUCUUCGAAGCUUCCUUGUUUGGGGAAACUUGGCAAUGGAAAGAAAGUAGAAAGCAAGGUAAGAAGUAGUUAUAAGUUUUGGUGUGAGAUUUGUAAAGUUGGGACCUAUUGUCAAACAGUCAUGAGAGAUCAUGAGUUAGGUAAAAAGCAUAAGGCUGCUGUUACACAACAGAAUGGAGUACCUGAAGCUGCUUCAACCUCCUUAUCCCCUGCUUCAGUUACAGCGCCGCAAUCAGAAGGUACUACGGUACGUGAAAAUGCUAAUCCGCAGGGUCAAAAAGUGGAUGAUAUGUCGGCGAAAGAAACACCGGGAAAGACGAUAGAAGGUGAGAAGAAAAAGCAGGGAACGUUUUGGUGCAAAACUUGUAAUAUUCAGACGAAUUCUGAGCAGACGUUGAGGAAUCAUACGCUUGGGAAAAAACACAUGACUUUGAUUGAGAAACAGCAGAAGAAACUCGUUACAGUCCCAGUGAGAUCUUUAAAUGCUGAUCCAGGAGAUAAAGAAUCAGUUUCUAUAGCAAUGGAUCAGACAAAAGGUAAGGUUCAUUGCUUGGAAAAGUCAUAGAAGAUGGUUACUUUGUUAUGUCAUGAAAAUAUACUAUGGCUGAGGAAUCAGAGAUACAAUUUUCAUUAAGCCAUGACAUGAAUGUUUCUUUUUAUGCAAUGUCACAGUAGGAGAUUUGCACAUGAGUGUUUUUGUAGUGAGAUUGAGAAUCUUGAGAAUAAUAAUAACCAGUGUAU